UAUAAGAGGACUUGAGUUGCUUUUUGACAUGAAACGGAUAACUAUGAGGUCGAAGGCUGACUGUUUAGUUGCAGCGAUGCAUUGCAUGUUAGUAAACGAAAAUCUGCAAUGUGUUGGAACUGGUGAGGAGUUCGACGCUACUCAAGACAGCACUCUCGGUUCAGAACUCUUGCCGGACAGAUGGAAUGAAAAUCAAGAAGAAUAUACCUUACGGUACACAAGUCGUCGCAGUAAAAAUCGGUAUCUCAUGAAAGCUGUUCUAUCAGGAAACAUUCUGAAUGUCACUGUAAUCGUCAACGAACGUAACAACUAUCAAAUUUCCCUUGACGUCAACCAGUUUGUCACGGAUAACUAUAAGGAAUACAAAACUGCUUAUGCAAACCUCGAAGAACUGACACAUCUUUUUGACGCAGAAAUUGUGGAGAAGAUUCGAAAAGAUUUUCCAACCGUACACAUUGAUGAGACAGUAGAGGAAAUUCCCAGAAGUCCAGGUCCAUCGAAUAUUCGCGGAAAAAAAUAUUCUGAAGUUAUAAAAUUCGAAGAUAUAGAUCCACCCCCGUUUCCCUUACUCAAUCCAAAAGAUCGGCGUCCAACAGGAUAUCCAAGAAUCGGGGGGAAGGAUCUAGAUCCAACUGGUAGAGGACAAGGUACUAUGCAUUUUGAUCACUCAGACCAUGAUCCAACAUCUUCAUUUCCCAGGGAAGAUGAUCCAAAUAAGCCUUUGAAUGUUCCUCCUGGAGCUAGAUAUGAUCCGAUAGGGCCUAUUACUAAAUCUGGCAAGAAAAAACCUGAACCCGAUGAUUAUAAGCCUCCCAAAGGUGACGAUGAUUCAAGUCUGAUGUGAACUGCAUUCAUUUGAUCGGUUUUAAAUAAAAUUGAAAACAUUUCUUGCAGUAAUACUUAAUAAAUAGUUUAAAAAUAUUAUACAAAUUACUUAUAACUUUCCAAAGGUGGAAAUAUAGUUCGUAAUAAACUGUAUUCGUAAAUUCGUUUAAAAAAAUUAACUGAACCCUGAAAGAAUAUUAGGAAUAGUACAAGUUUUUCAAAGAGGGUGAUAAUUUAACGCAAACAGCAUUUGUAAAUUAAGUUUUUUUCAAUUUUUUUUUAAUUCUUCAAGUCAGUCAAGUUUAAAUGUCACCCAUAUUUUACAAAAUUACAAUUAUGUAUUUUGUCAUUAAGUACUUUCUGUAAAUAAAAAUAGGUUUUAACUGACUUAUUUCAU